CCAUCAAUUAAAAAGGAAGACGGGGAGAGGAGAAAAGGUGGGAGAAAUCAGAAGCGAUCAGAGAGGAGGGAGGGAGCAAAGGCCAGCGAGCGAGAGAAGAGAGAGAGAGGGACGGGAGGGAGGGAGCAGUUGCCUGCUUUGCUUCGCGCAUCCAAUCCCCAAAUCUCCUGCCCCCUCUUCGCCGAGAUUCGUCCUUCUUCUCUCACUCUCUCCGAUGGACCAGCUCGUGAAUUUCAUCAUCCGCCCGCCAAGAGCUGACUACAGUCCAGACGAUGAUCUACUGGAGCAGGAGUUUAUGCUGAAGGGAAGAUGGUUCCAGAGGAAGGACUUGGAGGUCAUAAAUGGCCAGGGCAAGAAAUUGCAGUGCAGCCACUACAUGCCUGUUGUGAUGCCUGAAGGAAAACCACUUCCUUGUGUUAUAUACUGUCAUGGAAACAGUGGAUGCAGAGCUGAUGCUAGUGAAGCUGCUAUUAUUCUUCUACCAACAAAUAUUACAGUCUUUACACUGGACUUUUCAGGGUCUGGAAUCUCCGAAGGAGAGCAUGUCACUUUAGGCUGGAAUGAAAGAGAAGAUCUGAAAGCUGUUGUUAACUAUUUGCGUACAGAUGGGAACAUAUCUUGCAUUGGCUUGUGGGGCCGCUCAAUGGGUGCAGUCACAAGUCUAAUGUAUGGGGCGGAGGAUCCUUCAAUUGCUGGAAUGGUUCUCGAUAGUCCAUUCUCUAACCUGGUUGACUUGAUGAUGGAACUAGUUGAUACCUACAAAUAUCCCUUACCUAAAUUCACGGUCAAACUUGCAAUACAGCACAUGCGGAAGAUUGUCAAGAGAAAAGCCAGCUUUGACAUCAUGGAUCUUGAUACCAUUCAGGUAGCAAAGCGAUGUUUUGUUCCUGCUUUGUUUGGACACGCGACGGAGGACGAUUUUAUACUGCCCCAUCAUUCAGACAAAAUCUAUGAAUCAUAUGUUGGAGACAAAAACAUUAUAAAAUUUGAUGGUGACCACAAUUCACCCCGUCCACAAUUUUACUUUGACUCUAUCACUAUAUUUUUCCAUAAUGUGCUAAAUCCUCCUGAUGUCCCUGGCGAUCAUUAUUUCCUGACACCACAUGGCAGCCUUGGUCAGGGUCAUUGGGAUACAGAACAUGAUAUAGAGUAUAGGCUUGCUCAGUCACCAACAGCCCCUGCAACUACCACAGAAGAUGCCAUUGCGCAGUUGCGUUCUAGAAGGCUCAUGAGUAGAAUGGAGGUCCCAUCUGGUGCCACAACAGAAAACAGGGGUGACAGAAUUGAGGUAACGGAUAGUGAUGUUGGUCCCUCCUCAGCUAGUGCAUCUACUGCGACUCCUCCCAAUGGCCGCAACGGAAGGAUGCUCACUCCAACCUCUGAUGAUGGCGAGUAUGUGGAAUACUCGUUUGAUAGCUUAUCAGACAUGCCUUACACUGAGGAAGACGAAGAUAGAAUGCUAAUGCAAGCAAUUCUUGAGUCUCUGAAGGAUAUGGAUAAGUCAAAUACAAAAAACACACAAGCGGUUGCACCUAAUGCUGGGUGCGAAGAAAAUAACGUAGCAAAAGAUUGCAAUCAAGCAACUGAUGCAUCAGCAUUGGAGACAGAUGCACCCUCCAUCUCUAUGCGUGUGAGCGAUGUUCCUGGUAAGGAUGUAGCACCCUGCAACGGUGUUACAAAGGCAGCUGAAGCGCAAAGUGCAGAUGGCUGCACUGCAAGUGAUGCGGUUUCUGUAACUGGUUCUGGCACAUCAGAGUCCAACGGCUCAACAAAGGCUAUCAAUGGAAAAUCUGGCUCGGGAGAUUCCCAAAAAUCGAUGCAGAACUCAAAUGGAGAGGAUGGCACAAGAGCAACCCUUGUUGUACAGAAGAGCCGGACAAGCAGCCUGAUGGAUGGAUUAACUAAAUGGGGUUCCUUCUUCAAGAAUAAUGACUGAGAGAAGCAAUAUAUUUACAGUGGCACGAUGUUGACAAUACAUGUUACUGUGUUAAUAUAGGCUUGAUUGGUUUUACCUGUAAAAUGAAAAGGGAAAGGAUAUACUGUACAAGUUGAUUUAGUGUGUUUGUGUAUAUAAAACUAGGAAAGGUAGCGAUCCCAUUGACUGUGUACCAUAUCUACGACACUACUUGGCUUCUUUUGGCUGGCUCGUGUUUCUUGGAAAUAUGUUGAUGCAUUGUAGGGAAAGCCUUUUAUUUCUUGCAUUAUGUUGAAGACUCUGAAGGAGUUCAUCUUUUCAUCGAAUAA